AUGGUCGCCUCGGCAGCGAGUGGCCUCAUGCUGUGGGCGGUAGCUGAUUAUGGUGGAGAUGCUACCAAGAUUAGAUACACUCUGGCACAAACCGCUUGUGGUGGCAGUCGAGUUGGCGUUCUGUCGGAGGGUCCAUUGCCAGUGUCUGGUGGCCAUCACGACGCUGGUCAGGGGCCAACUCUCACUUGGAUAGGGAUGACUACCGAAUCCAUGCCCCUUUCAAUGGACUCCGUGGGUAUCAUACGUGCCCUACUGCCAACAGGGGUCUUCGCUUUUUGGUCGUCUACCGAUCUCAAAUGGACGCCCGUGUACGACUGUGUGGCUGAGCUACAACGCGAGAAUGAGGGUUUCUGGGCCGUCGGUGGUGCCGGUGGGUUCUGUCAGGAUCGAGGGAUCAACUCAGGGGAUGAACCUAGCGGGAUAAAGAAAGCUACGGUCGCUUUGGAUAAGAAAUUAGUAAUGAAAUUCCGGGACUUGGUCCAGUCUAAACAGCUGGAGGCUGCAUAUGAUACCUCUCUCCUAGCCCUCCAAAUACCAGCUACUCCAAGGUUCAUGGCUAAGAUGGCUUUGAAGCUUGGGCAGCCACUGUUGGCGGCCCGUAUCGAGGAGGACAUGGCAUCAGUAGUCAUUCCUAGCAUGCCUACUGGCAACGUUGCACAGCCUGUGAUGGCCAAGCCUACGCCUGAGAGGCAGAAUCGUGCAAUUCCUCCUCCGAGUACAGCGCCACCUCGAUCCGCCUUCCAGCCAGUCGAGAAUAUACCAUCUCGGAGGUCGACUGGAGCUGAGAUGCUGGCCGAAACUAAGGAGCAGGAGGCAUCGAAGAACUCGCCGAUAAGAGGUAACCCAUUUGCCAACCGGAAGCGGCGGCAGAAUGACGAUGUGGACCAUACAAAUGCAGCUAAGGUCCUCAGAGCCGACGGAUAA